AUGACUGACGAGUCAAAAAGAUGCCGCACUAAGAAGGUGAAAGCACGGACUGGCUGUUCUACCUGCAAGAGACGCAAGGUGAAAUGUGAUGAGCAGCUGCCAGGAUGUAAGAGGUGCGCCAAAAUCGGUGUCGAAUGUCCCGGCUAUCAUAAGCCUGUGAAGUGGUCAGUGAAGUAUGAGAGGCACUUGGUUAACUCGUCACCGACUGCGGGCAACUCCUUUUCUUGCUUCGACUCAGGCGCCGGAAAUUUAUCAAACUUGAUGCAGCCGAAAUCAAAUCCUGGAAGCGUCGAGACUCAGAACCACAAUGACAAUGAAGUACAAGCUCCUGGUCCUCUCACGCGAGGUUCUAGUUCGAGUUUAUCUGAUGCCAGGGAGCACUUAGAGGACACGUUAGAAAUGCAACCACCCUCGACGUUGAAUUCAGAACAACUCUCGACGUUGUGCGACGAUGUCCAAGCCGAUGAGGAAUUUCCCUGCGCGCUCAAUGCCUUACAUGAUGACUCUCUUUGCCUGACCUCCUACAUCCCAACUCUACAAACAUCACUCAUCCUGGAUCACUACUUUACCACGGUUUGCCAUUUCAACUCAUCCUUCGACUCGGCGAAUAACCCCUUCCGAUCAGAAGUUUCCAGAAUGAUGGCCGACUCUCCACUCCUCUUUGGCUGUGUGUUGAGCAUGUCAGCAGCUCAUUUGUACCAGGGUGACAAAAGCAGCAGCUGUAUUCCACUGGAGUUCCAGACUGAGGCAAUGUCACACCUUUCACGCACAUUGUCUGAGCUUCCUACGAGAAACGAAUGCGAGGUGGAUGACAACCGGCCUAUGGCCUUGGUAUCUCGGGAGAAAAUUUUAAAUGUUUCGGAUGACUUGCUCUUGAGCAUUAUAUUCUUGGGCAUGACUGCGGCUUGGCAUGAUGUCUCUGCAACCGGUCUGCCACAUCUCCAUGGGUCACGUCAAUUAUUCAGGUCAUGGAUAUCAUUAAACAACCUGACAGAUAUCGAGAAAAGAAGAAAAAUGACGAGAACACAAAUAUUCGUGGUCUCAUCCAUGGUAUAUUGGGAAGCUAUGAGCUCAGCGCUCUUCGACCAGCAAUACGAAGGCUUAUCACAUCUCACCAUGUUUUGUGAUCCCCACCCCCCAGCACUCGUCCAGCCUUGUCCAUGGACUGGCGUUGCAACGCCCAUUUUCGUGUUUCUUGCAAAGACGCUAACACUGGUGCGGAAUAACCAGGCUCUGAAGAGCUUGUGGGUUUUUGAAUCUGGAGAGAUCCAUCGAAGGGCCUUGUACGGUGAACUACUUGCCAAAGCAAAUAGUCUUGAACGUGAGAUCCUGAGGUAUCGGCUGCCCUCUCUUGCACUUAUUGAAGACAUUGGAGACCCAUGUACAACGCCUGAUCACUUGCUGGCUAUCUCUCGCUGUUAUCGCAUGGCAGCCCUGCUAGAGCUCUAUUCUGCAUUCCCAGAAAUAACAAGGACAGGGGGGAGACCAGAUAGUGCUAUUGAUUUGGACCGUGGUGAUGAAAAGACACACUUGAUUAUGGGACUGGCGUUCAGCAUUUUAGAAAUACUGGAAAAGAUUCCAGAUGACUCAGGGACAAUAUCGAUACAACUUCUGUCACUACUGAUCGCUGGAAGUGUCCUGGGGCCCGUCCCACCAAGGGGAGAAGAUGAGGGACCAAAGAGAUUGGAGACACUUCGGUUGCGAACAUUUGUUCGGCAGCGGAUUCACAAGAUGUAUGCAGCUGUCCGUUUGGGGCCAAUUGGAAAUGCCAUGGCUAUACUGGAGGAGGUUUGGGCGCGUAUGGACAUGUUGCCGGCAAUUCAGAACGCGAACUCAGCGAUAUCGAGCUUUCACUGGAUAAAUAUCAUGUCGCAGAAGAAAUUGGAAACAAUGUUUGGAUGA